AUGGCAGGCAAACAUAACACUGCUGCGGCAUUCCUUGCGAAUACAUCUAAACCCUCCAAAUCAACUUCCACAACUUCAACAUCAUCAGGUCCACAAGCCAGAUUACAAAAGAUAGCCGCACACAUGUCUCAACCACAGACUACCAACUUCCCCCAGGAUGCCGUUCCCCAGGCUCCUGAAGAUCCGCUAUUCGGAUUGAUGGCCGCUUAUCGGGCUGACACCUUUGACAAGAAGGUCGACCUGGGAAUUGGCGCAUACAGAGAUGAUAACGCAAAACCUUGGGUUCUGCCAGUCGUCAAGAAGGCGGAUGAUAUUCUCAGAAAUGACCCCGCACUCAACCACGAAUACCUCCCAAUUGCUGGACUCCCCGACUUCACAUCCGCUGCUGCCAGAGUUAUGCUUGGAGCUGAUAGCCCAGCCAUCAAGGAGAAGCGUGUCACAUCUGUGCAAACGAUUUCGGGAACCGGCGCUUGCCACUUGGGAGGAAUGUUCCUCUCGCGAUUCUACAAGCCAAAGCCCACCAUCUACCUUUCCAACCCAACAUGGGCCAACCACAACCAAAUCUUCACCAAUGCCGGCCUCUCGAUCGCUCAAUACCCAUACUUCUCUGCGUCGACCAAGGGCCUCGAUUUCGAUGGCAUGAAGAAGACGCUGCAAGAGGCACCGGACCGCGCCGUCAUCCUUCUCCACGCCUGCGCUCACAACCCCACGGGCGUGGACCCCACCCAGGAGCAAUGGAAGGAGAUCGCAUCCAUUAUGCGCGCCAAGAAACAGUUCCCAUUCUUUGACUCAGCGUACCAGGGUUUCGCCUCAGGUGACCUUGCCAAGGACGCCUGGGCCGUUCGGUACUUCGUCGACCAGGGAUUCGAGAUGUGCCUCGCCCAGUCCUUCGCCAAGAACCUUGGACUCUACGGCGAACGCGCGGGUUGCUUCCACUUCAUCACCAGCCCUGCCGCUGAUGCCACAGAGACCAUCUCCCGCAUCGCCUCGCAACUGGCCAUCCUCCAGCGCUCUGAGAUCUCGAACCCACCUGCGUACGGUGCCCGUAUCGCUAGCACCAUCCUCAAUGACGAGGGGCUCUUCUCGCAGUGGGAGGAGGACCUGAGGACGAUGAGCGGACGCAUCGAGGAGAUGCGCAAGGCGCUGCGUGGAAAGCUCGAGGAGCUGGGCACACCGGGGACCUGGUCGCACAUCACAGAGCAGAUCGGCAUGUUCUCCUUUACCGGCCUGACAGAGGCGCAGGUGCUGAAGAUCCGUAAGGAUGCCCACGUGUAUAUGACGAAGAACGGACGUAUUAGCAUGGCGGGUCUAAAUACGGGCAAUGUCGAGUACGUUGCGCGGGCGGUGGAUAAGGUCGUGCGCGAGACGGCGAAGCUGUAA